GUGAAAUAUACCACAACGAUUGUGGCACUCCGUGUUCCGUACAAAGUGACGUCCCUUGUUCAUUCUGCCGUGUCAACAAUACCGCAAGCACUUCUCAGACAGUUCACAAUGCUCGCACUACAACGCAGGUCGAAUCCCGCGGGUCCCUGCACCGCCAACAUCCUACCGUGUCGCAUCCAUCAUGACGGUCCUACCAAAGUGACCAAGAGAUGCUGGAGUCCCCAGGAUGAACAAGACCGGACCAAGACGGCACACUUUCGCGGUCGAAGAUUACGCGGAAGAGUAGUAAAACUACCACCAGGGUAUCACGGCGUCGUCGCAAAAUCAACCGAUCGAUAUCUCCCGCAACCUGUCAAGAAUGGCCCCACAUACACCGCAGUCGACGAGGACAUUGAGAUUGAAGAUGAAGAAGAAGAGCCCCCGGAGCCGGUCAAGAUCCUCGAACAAGUAACCACUUUCGACGAGGUCGUGGUAUGGGGACACGAUCGAGUCCCUGAUCAAGACGACGCUUUUGUCAAGGGGCUGGAGGAAUGGAUAUCCUUCGCCGAAGCCAUACAUGGAAAGCCUCGAGACUCGGGCAAACCUCAAGAAGCGACCGCCGAGUCGCCUUCUUGAAAUGAGCCAACCAGACCAUCCGACCAACAACACCAAAUUCCUCCCGAACGUCGAGCCCAUCAACCACCGUGACCGGAGAGACAAUAAGGUCAUGGUCAUCGUGGCCUCGGAAAUCUCAACGACCUCAGCCGGUCCGGAAGUUUUUCGAAAGCCUCACCAUGACGCCCCUCCUGACAAAAGCCACAGCAUCCUGAUCUACGGCACAAAAGAUCAAGGCCUUGACCUCUGCGUCUCAAGAUACUCCUUCUUGGCCCGAGUCCAAUCCCUCUUCAACCGAUCAUAUUCUUCGCACUCUGCGCACCUCCGCCAAUACCCCUUGAAGAUGUCGCUGGCUUCUUCCUUCUCCUUCCUCUUUCCCCCGACGUCGUCGCCUGUCCAUUUCUCCAACUGCUCGCCCGAGUCCUUGUCGUACUUUCGACCACCUUUGUGGUUGGCGUACCUCCUGGCACGGGUCAUGCCCAUCUGGAUGAACUUGCGCGUCAUAUCGGCACCCACGAGGUCCCUGCGGUCGACGUACGACUCGAAUAUCGUCCACAGGACCUGCGCGGAUCUCUCUGCGAUCGGCACGGUGCGAAAGGCCCAGUACGGCAGGAUCAAACUCUUGUACGGCUCAAAGGAGAGGACCCCCAUUUCGCCACGGGCAAUUUCGUACGAGUAGCACAGUCCUAGGUCAUUCAGGGCGGGUGUGUCCAGCGGUUGGUCGGGGGCGAUAAUUUUUUUUUCGGUUGUCUUGUUGGGCAUGGCUCUGUCUCUUUGUACAAGUAGAUAUGCAUACUCUAGCAAAUGCACGGGUUGUCUUGAGCAUCGAAUGCCAGACGGUGC